UCCAGGUCCCCUGCUCGGGAGGUAAAGCCCUGGGCCCCUGCCCGCCGUCCGGAAGUCUCCAGCUCCAACAGCCCCAGGCUCAAGCUACACCUUCCGCUUACAAAACCAUGGCCGGCUCCUCCAGGCACACCAGCCCUAAAAGGGCUGGCCGCACUUCCUUCUCCUCCACACAGACCUCGGCUGCUUCCAAAAUAUCAUCCUACACUGCAUCUAAAGAUAAUGUUGCCGUUAUCGACAACGAAACAUCAUCCACAACCACUGACCUCACCGCCGUCCCCGGCAGCAACAUCAAGACCCAGUGGCUCCCGCACGUCACCCAUCCGGGCAGCAGGCUCCAUGGAAACCGCAAGCUUGCCAGCAAGAGCUUCGGGGAUCUGCAAGUGCUUAACAUCGCCUCGCACAUCGCCCCGACCCCGAAGCGGCGAACUGGCACCAACGCCCCUGGAGAUGCCCCCAUCGAGAGGCUCCCGGCCGAGUUGUUAACCGCCAUUAUUAACCUGCUCGUGCUGGACAUCCUGCCCAGUGGGCUGGAGAGGCGCAAUAUCGACCUUAUAUCGCUGCUCCUAUUGUCCAAAACGAUGCACACAGCGACCCUUGGUUCUCUCUACAAUAGAGUCAUGAUUCCCCACUCGAGGACUUUCGCAAAGUUCCUCGCUCAAGUGAACCGUCACCGCUCGCUGGGCACCAUCGUGCGCCGGCUCGAUUUCUCGCAUUUCAACCCAUCAACCCUCUUUUUAACGGCAUCGGAGCGAUCUCAGGCACGGAAUCUCACGUCCGAGACGUUACUGCAGUGCUUGGUGCUCACGCCGCACCUGCAGGAGUUCCUGGCGCAGGAGUAUAUCGACGACGACCUCGACGCGGCCGUGCUGCGGAAGCUCCUAUUCGGGCUCGAGCGGCUGCAGGCGCUUGACUUUUGCGGCUGCUCGUCGGCCAACUUCAAGACGGCGUUCGCCGAGGUGGCCGCCGAAACUGACGACUGGCGGGCCGAGCUGACCAUUAAGCGCUUGUCGCUCCACAAGUGCAUAACGCUUCCCGUAACUGUGUUGGACGCGCUGAUGCCGCGGCUAACCCAGCUAACGCACCUGGACGUGGCGGGCACGCGCAUUACGGACAACGCGCUUUGGAGCAUCCCCAAAACGGCGCGGCUUACGCACCUAAACCUAUCCAAGUGCAAGCUGCUCUCGGCCCCGAAGGUGAUUGAGUUCCUCCGCACGCACCCGGCGGUGGCCCCGGACAGCCUCCAGUUUUUAAGCUUGGCGACGGACGCGCGCAGCCACGAGCUCCUCAAUGAGGAUUACCUGACGGAGCUGAUCCCGGUCCUGCCGAAAACGCUUAAGUCACUAAAUCUUAAAGGCAGCAAAAUGAACCCGUCGCAUAUCGACCUGCUGCUUCCGCUGACCAAGCACUUGGAGGAGCUCUCACUAGGCCGGUCGCUGAUGUUGCGGGACGUGCAGCGACUUUUCCUGCCCGAAGCGAGCGCUCGGCCCGGCGGUGAGGGGUAUGUGUACACGGACGCCGAGGUGGCCGCGCAGCUGUCGUGGGUGCCGCAUACGGUGCGGUGCUUAGACCUAUCGGACAUGUGGGGCGGUGAGCUAGACACGCCCACGCUUUUCAACGAUUCGUUAUUGCUUCGCUCGUUGACGGAGCCUUUGGAGGCCGUCGAAUUCUCGCCGGGCGUGUUUAAAAAGGUGCGCAAGUCGACGGGCGCGCUGGCCCGAUACCGGUGGCGGGUUUCGGAGAUCGACGCCCGGUCUUGGCUAGUUCGUAAGGGCGGCGACAACGAGAACGAUAGCGGCGCGCGGCACUGGAAGAUGGGAACGCGCUGCUGGGGCAUGCGCAAGGUGCCCGUUGCCAAGGCCGAGGUCGGGGGAAUGUACAGGUCGUACAUGUUUGGGCGGACCAUCUAA